GUGCUUAGGUUAAGUCCGAUUGUUCUUGUCCAUAAAACAGCAACGGCAAGAUCCAAGCUCGAUAUCGCUAGUUCACCUCUUGUUAAUCGCUGAAGAUGAGAAUAUCUUCUUACUCAAUCACAGAUGAAACAUCAAGCAUGACCAACAAGUCGAAGUUAAGACGAAAUCGAAUCAGACCCCAAAAUAUAAUCCUAAAUUACAAUCAGACAAGCCGAAACUAGAACCAUGUCAAACUGGAUCAAAAAACAAAAAGAACUCGGUGGUGACCAGCAGUGUAGACACACCAUCAGUCACUGAUCGCAAAUUUUAUUGGAAAAUUCUAGUGAGAAGUUGGAAGAUGUUUCUUGAGAGAGAAGUGUCCAGUUUCCAAUUAAUCAUAACUAUUCCGCAAAUGUUAUUGAUUUCUAAUGGUUGCAUCAGUCAUAUAAAUUAUUUAAUAAUGUCACAAACCACACGUACAUUCGAUGAAAAACAAAACUGGGGAAGCCCUAGCCGUUCCUCUCUGAUGCUUAUCGAGGCACCAAUUAUAUCGCCGUUUUUUACGCCGGUGGAGCACUAGCUCGCCGACGUCGCCUCCUCUGUCUCUUGUUCUCGUUUCUCUCAUUUCUCUUCUUUCUAGUUGCUUCGUCUUGUCUUUCUUUCCGCUUCAACUUCUCGUCUUUUGUUUGUACUUCGUCUGUCAAGGUUUCUGAUAAGAUCCUAGAAGGAUGGAUUUUAAUUUGUAAGCUAUAUCAAAAUACGAUCAAUCAAAUAUCAGGAUGUUUAUCCUUCUUCUUCCUCUCUAACUUCUCUUCUACCUCUGCUCUUCCUUUCAUCUUCUCCCCUUUUUGUUACUUAUCUUAAGGAUAUAUCCUGGAUCUAUCAAUUUCAUCUAGAGCAAACCAGUUGUCUCAAAAUCUCUCUUCUAGAUCUGGCGCAAUCGAUCUCUGGGAGACCUUUGUCGCCUUUGGCCCAUUGGAUCUGAACAUUUCUCGGGCAAACUCCGAAGAAAUCUCAUGACCGUCACCACCCACCACCAUUGUGACUCAUCAGUUCCCACUAAUCAGAUUUCUGUUCCAUCUGCAAACUGCAUUACAUCCUAUAAAGUAUCCACGUCUAACAUCGCCUACAGAUCUACACCUAACUUGCCAUAUAUAUCUUCAACUCGCCUACAGAUCUACACCUAAGUUGCCAGAUAUAUCUUCAACUCCGGCUCGUCUCUUACAGUCUUUAUGUUCCUUCCUCUUUACUCAUUUGCCUAAAAGUUCAAUCUUUAGACGAGUCCUCAGAGGAAUUAGCUACUCCUCACCGCUGCGUUUAUUGUUUUCCUCGCUAGAUGGAAGAGCUUCUUUGACAUUCUUCUACUCAUCUGGCGCAUCUCCUCCGCUCAUCUGUCGCAGCCUUCCCUCAGUCUCCAUGUUUCACUGACGUCAAGGUGUUGCCAUUGACGGCGAGGAGUUGGACCAUAUUUUUCACUUAAUGGACUUGGUGAGUUCAUUAAUGUUCAUCAAUAUUUUGCUCAGCCCAGUAAGCACAAACCCUGUUUGCAUCAUUAAUUCAAAAUCGAGACGUUUGUGGUCUCUUUCACCAUGAGUUAGUCCUCUGUAACAAAUUAAUCCUCAAUGGAGAGAGCUUUGUCACCAAUUUCCUCAUGUUUGGAGUGAUCACUUUCACCACAUCCAUCUGCUUUGGAGUGAACCCUUUCGCUAUUGUUUUCUGGUUCGAGAACUCUUUUCAACGCUCAGUCUUAAAGAUAUUACGAGCUAAAAGUAUUGUUCGCUUGCCUUUGAUGUCUGGAGAACUUGAGAUCGGGAUCAUACCGAUCGAUUCUGAAGCCCAUUUGAAGAAGCUUCCGGUUUUCUUCUAUGAAGUAAACUGUUUAACCUAUAUCUUUAAUGGUUUGAUUUUCAGUUAUGUAACAAGUAGCUUCUACUUAUCGGCAAAGAGUUUGCCUCUAAUUGUAUGUGUUCUUAUCCAAGUUUAAUUUAAUAUAUAAGUGGGUUAACAAAAAAAAAGGUCUCAAACCACAUGCAUUGCAUCUACGAGUUCAACCAUCAUUGCGUUUGAACUGUGACUGUCACGCAUUAUUUAUAGUUAAGUUUACAAUUUAUUAAAUAAUACUUUUGCAGCAUAAAUGGAGAGGGCAGAGACUCUGCAAUGUAAAUAUGCUUUAUGGAUUUUAAGAUAAUUUAUAUUCCAAGAGCGUAAAAUCAGAUUUUGGAUUCUUUAUCUAGGAUUUCGAGGUUUUUCUAUAGAGAAUUAUGUUUUAUUGGUUGUUCUAUUCCUAUCUGUUUACCAAGACAAUCUCAAGUUUGAGUAAUAAAAUAUCAUUUUGUUUUAAAAAAAAAAAAGAAAUAGUUUUGGAUUAAAAUGAAAAGUAGAUUUUCUUCUGUAACGAUCUUAUGUAUAUAUCUGGACCAUAAUAAGGCCGGAAGACCAUAACGCGAACAACGUAGAUUAUGUGGACCCACAGAGCCAUAGAUGUAGGGAGAAAAUUCAGGUCGAAGAGAAUGGAUAAUUUCGGAAAUGUCCAGAAAUUACGGGGUCCUCUCCUCUCCUCCUCUUCUUCAAAACCAACAAUUCGAAAAACAACCUAACGCGUCGUCAACAUUGAACAGCUUUCGUUUUUCCAAUAAAGUUAAUUUUUUUUUCCCCUUUCAAUUAUCACUUUUAUACACACAGAUUUGCGAUCUGCAAUCGCGUUAAUGACAGAACCAGAACGAUUAGGAGGAAUCUCCCUGAGUUUUCCUGCGAACGAAGAUGAUACCGCGACGGCCUCAUCUCCAAAGACUAUUCCCCGGAGGCUCCGCCGCCGUCUUCUCGAGCCGAAAAGCCCGGUCUCCGCCGAAGAGAUCGAUUCCAAACUCAGAGAUGCUGAUCUCCGUCGUCAGCAUUACUAUGAAUCACUGUCGACCAAGGCACGACCUAAGACGAGAAGCCCGAGAUCGGCACCUAUUGAGGAGCUUAGCCAGAGACUCCAAUCAAAGCUUAAUGCUGCUGAACAAAAGAGGUUAAGCAUUCUGGAGAAGGAUUUAGCUCGUUUAGCGAAGCUAGAUGAAGCAAGACAAGCUGCAAAGAACGGGCUUCUGCAAAGAGUUGAGAAGCAGCGUGAUGAGUUGGAGACAAAGGUUGAAGAAAGGGUUCAAAAAGCUGAGAAGAACAGGAUGCUCCUCUUUAAAGCCAUGGCGCAAAGGAGAGCGGCAAAGAGACAGCGAGCUGCACAGAGCUUGAUGCAGAGAGCAAUUCAGGAUAAUAGGUACAAGGAAAGUGUGCGUGCGGCUAUUUAUCAGAAAAGAGCAGCUGCGGAGAGUAAACGGAUGGGGAUUCUUGAAGCCGAGAGGAGGAGAGCCAACACGAGGUUGAGACAGGUUUUUGGAGCUGCUAGUUCUGUGCAGAGUCAAAAGGAAGCUGAAAGAAGGAAAAUGAAGGAUCGUUUAGAAGAACGACUUCAAAGGGCCAAGAAGCUGAAAGCACAGUAUCUGAGGCGAGGGAGAGGCGUUGACGGUGCACGUCAGAGAUCAGAAACAAUGCGAAAGAAGCAAGCACACCUUGUGAGGAUGUUAGAAAGGUGCUGGAGGAGAUUUGCAAAGUACAAGAAAUCUACUAUUCUCUUGGCUAGCGCCUAUCGUGAUCUGGGGAUUGAUGCAAAGUCGAUUGAGUCAGUGCCGUUUGAGCAGUUGGCCAUUCAGAUGAACUCUGUUGCUGUAAUUCGAACAGUGAAAGAGCUGCUUGAUCGUUUGGAGAUCCGACUCACUCUAUCUCAGGGAUCUACUGUGAAGAAUAUUAAUCAUCUUCUUAAGCAUAUCUUUCCACCAGCUCGAAGAGGAAACUCGCCUAGUUCUGUGAGUCAAAGCGAGCAAAGGUCACCUAAUUUCAAGAAGAUGGGACAUGAAAAUCUCAAGAAGAUUGCGAGAUACCCAGCUAGAAUAUUUCUUUGUGCCUACAUGAUCAAACAACAUCCAGAUGCAAUUUUUAGAGGAAGAGGUGAACAUGAAAUUGCGCUGGUGGAUUCUGCAAACUCUCUUAUUCGAGAGUUUGAAUUGUUAGUGAAGAUUAUAUUGGACGGACCAGGCGACAAUGUAUCUCUGUUAACUCCAGGUCCAAAAAAGUUCAAAUCUCAGUUAGAAGCAUUUGAUGAAACUUGGUGCUCUUACCUGGAAGGAUUUGUUGUUUGGAAGAUUAACGAUGCUAAGCUCUUAGAAAACGAGUUAGCCAAAACUCAAAAGCCAGAGCUCCCUGAGGGGUCCAAACACACUUCUUUAAAUCAGAAGCCGCUGAAGGUAUCGUCUCCAACCGUUCGGGCCAUACUCACUGAAAUUGAUGGUGGUGAAGUAGGAGAAUCUAAAGCAUCUGCAGAUUCGCUUCGUCAAUCUUCAUCUUCUCCUGGGUCAUCGAGUUCUUCUCCGUCUUUGAACUCUGCAGGAAUUGAGGGUUUUUCUCCUCCAAAUGUGACAGGUUUAGAUGCAACGUUGGCUAGUGAGAACGAAGUAAUCGUAAAUGAAAUUGUCCAUGAAAAUAGCAGUACUUUUGCUGAUAGCUUCGAUGCUGGCACCGGGGAUUUAAACAACCUUCAGGUGAAGGUUAAGGAGACAAUGGAAAAGGCCUUUUGGGAUGGCGUCAUGGAGUCCAUGAAACAGUCACAGCCAGAUUUCAGCUGGGUUAUUAAACUCAUGAACGAAGUUAGGGAUGAACUCUGUGAGAUAUCUCCCAAAGAUUGGAGACAAGAGAUUGUUCAAACUAUCGAUACAGAUGUGCUGUCACAGUUACUGGCUGCGGGAAAUGUCGACAUGGGUUAUCUUGGAAAUAUUCUAGAGUUCUCCCUUGGCAUUUUGCUGAAACUCUCGGCUCCAGCUAACGAAGAGGAAAUCAGGAGUACGCACCAUAAAUUAAUGACAGAACUUGGAGAGAUAGUUCCAACUGAAGACCAGUCCAAUUCGUCAUAUGCAGUUUUAAUGGUCAAGGGAUUACGCUUUGUUUUGCAGCAGAUCCAGAUUCUGAAGAAGGAAAUCAGCAAAUCUCGUUUGAAACUCUUGGAGCCACUUCUCAAGGGACCUGCUGGUCUGGAAUAUCUAAAGAAGUCAUUUUCCAGUCGGUAUGGUUCCCCAGACCAAGCUGCUUCCUCUCUGCCGUUGACAAAGCGUUGGCUUUUUAGUGUUCGUGGAGAGGCGGAGAAGGAGUGGGAUGAACAUAAAGAUGCUCUUUCUGCUGUCACAAAUAACAACCCUGGAUCAUCAGGCCUCCCUUCAACCACCAUGCGAACUGGGGGCAAUGUCCCCUCUGUCUCAAAAGUCAAUGCCCCUUCGUCGCCAUUUCCAGGUAUUGAACUGUCAGAGUGCAAAGGAGAAACUGUGGAUCUUCUUGUUCGUCUUGGCCUCUUAAAAAUGGUGAGCGAAAUUGGGGGUCUUACUUUAGAAACUAUCCCCGAAACAUUUCGACUCAACCUCACCAGGCUGAGAGCUAUUCAAUCCCAAAUCCAGAAAAUCAUUCUAGUCUCCAUCAGUGUGUUGAUCCUUCAGCAAACACUUGCAAGCCAUAAAGCAUCUGACGUGGAGACCAUUACAUGGACCUGCAUUAACCGACUCUACGAGAUGUUAGAUGCGAAACCCGAUGCGGGUCUUUCAGAAAUCAUGGAAACCUUCUCCGAGCUUCUUGAUUCUGACGAUGCAGAGACGAAGAAACAAGUGAUUGCAAACAUGCUUGUGAAAAGCUUACAGGCGGGAGACCCAGUGUUCACACGUGUGUCACAGACCAUAUACCUAGCGACACGAGCCGCAGUUAUGGCGGGUAACAACACGAAGAGAAAGCAAUUGGUGGAAACAAUGCUAAGAAGAAUCGGAGCAGCUUCUCUCUCGGACAAGGUUAUAGAGGUUUCAGACAUUCUGGUUCUUGUGGCGAACGUUUCGCGUAGUGUCCAUGGAUUGUGGUACGAGGAAUUGCUGAAGAAACCGAAUUUUAAUUGAAAUGAUUGUGAACCGGUUUGGUGUGUUUAUGGUUUGAUCCAGUUUUAAAGUAAUUGUAGAUGGAGUGAGAAUACCACGUUUGUAUUUACAGAAUAAUAUUAACAUGUGGAACAUAAAUUUGUCUCUAGUA